GUGAGUUUCUCUGGGUGAACGGUUCAGCGUUUGGAGGCCCCUGGGUGCUCAGUCCUUGGCUAUGGGGGGGACAAGGUCCUUGUAGCCUGGACAUGGCUGUGUUCUUCCACCCCAGGCAAAGUGGGCAGUACACUGUUUGGCUUAUAAUGCGAGACAAGUCCCCUCUCUCCCUCUUCUCAACCGACACUCUCCCGCGCAUCACAGGCUGGGCAGUGGUCCACCUGACGCUGGGGGCAAACGGAGGAUCACCUUUUCGGAUCUCAGCCAGCUACGAUCAGCGGAUCCCGCAGGAUGAUACGGCCACCAUUGAGCCCCACUUCACCACCAACUGCACCAUGGCAUCCUCGUCCAGCAUGAACAUCACACUGGAAGGCCAGUACCACUGUAACAACGGGCCUGAGAUCCCACUGGACAAACUCUGUGACUUCAGUACAGACUGCCCGCUCGGCGACGACGAAGGCAACGUGUGUCGCCGUUUUCUCAAUGGCAGCUACUGCUCUUUUGAAGAGGGCGAGUGUAGCUGGCAGUCAAUAACAGGCCGCGGUCUCUCCUGGAAAAGACUCCAGUCACCAGUCAAGGCAACCAGACAGACCUGCCCAUCAUCAGGUGCUACAUUCACUGUGGAGGGAGGCCAGUCUAAAGGUCAGCGUGGCUCAGCAUUACUGAGGAGUCCUCUCUUUCCUCCUCCUUUAAGAAACUCUCCGUGCACCGUGCGAUUCUGGCUGUGCUUCGCGAACUUCCAGAAGGGGGCGCUGUCUCUGUGGAUCGUGGAGAACAGCACAGGCCCCGACAAGCCGCGCCAACUCUGGCAUUCAGCCACCGAAUCCAAAUCUGAAAGAGGCUGGAAACUCGUCGCACUUCCCCUUUACGGGCUGGCAGACUGGUUCUUUCUCUAUUUCAGCGCUGAAAAUGGACCUGGACCCGGUUCUGCCAUUUCUGUGGACAACGUCUCUUUCAGCAUGGACUGCUUCUUGGCAUCCAAUGGCGAGUUUCCACCGGUGGUAACCACACCCGGGCUGCCGUUUAGACCAACUAUCAGGACUCCGCCCCCUUCCAUUAGGAGCCCACCGAUGAUCUUCCCCACCACAGAUUACUCCAAAAAAUGGAUUUUUCAUACCUGUGGGGCUGUGGGCCCUGAAGGUCCAACUCCCACUCAGUGCCUAAACUCCUACAGGAACAGCAAUGUCAACGUGACAGUUGGAACCCGGGGGCCAUUCAAAGGCAUUCAAAUGUGGCGGGUCCCAGAAAGCGGCUCCUACAGGGUCACCGUCUAUGGCGCCGCUGGCGGGAGAAGUGUCUUGACAACAAGCAGGUCACACGGUGCCUACAUGACGGGAGACCUCCUGCUGAACAAAGGAGAACUGCUUUACAUCCUUGUAGGACAACGAGGAGAGGAUGCCUGCCCCAAUUCUAACGGCAUGCUGAAUAAGAUAUGUCUGGAACAGAGCGGCCCAAUGGUGAACAAAACACAAGUGAAAGGAGGGGGAGGAGGCGGUGGAGGGGCUACGUAUGUAUUCAAAGUGGACAGAGAAGUGUACAUCCCUCUCAUCAUCGCUGCUGGGGGAGGUGGCCGGGGAUACAGCAGCCAAUCAGAGACCCAGCAGGAGCAAAUGGACUAUGACCCUAGCCAACCUGGACGCAAUGGGAAGUCACACGCUGCAGGUGGAGGAGGAGGUUGGAAUGACAGCGCUCCUGUCAGCCAGGGCGGCAAACCACUGGUGCUCGGGGGACAGGGAGGGCAAGCCUGUCAAAAGUUCUGGCAGACCCGUGGCGGCUUUGGAGGUGGCGGAGGUGGCUGUAUGUCCGGCGGCGGUGGCGGAGGCUACAGAGGUGGUAACACCUCUGCAGAUAACAACCCUAAACAUGAUGGUGAGGAUGGCUCGUCCUUCUUCAAGGGAGAACCCUUCAUCCACCCCCUUAAAGGUAUGGAGGGGGAUGGCGAGGUGAUCAUCAGCCCGGUGCAGAACUGCAGCCACUGUGAGAGCAAUGAAUGCCACGAGAUAGACAUAGAUUCCACAAUCUGCUUUUGUGAUGAAGGCCUCACCCUGGCACCGGAUGAAGUUUCCUGCAUCAACGCCACAGAAGUGUCCAAGCAGCCUCCAUCUCUCUCGCACCUGGCGCUGGGUCUGUCUGUGGGCACCUCGGCGCUCAUUGCUGCCCUCCUGCUGGCUGUGUCCGGAGUCAUGAUAAUGUAUCGGCGUAAACACACAGAGCUGCAGUCCAUUCAGCUGGAGCUGCAGAGUCCAGACUGCAAGCUCAGUAAGCUGCGGGCCUCCACCAUCAUGACAGACUACAACCCCAACUACUGCUUCGCUGGCAAAACGGCCUCGGUCAACGACCUGAAGGAAGUGCCAAGGCGAAACAUUUCUCUCACCAGGGGUCUAGGUCACGGUGCUUUUGGUGAGGUCUAUGAAGGUCUUGCAGUGGGGAUACCAGGUGAACCAAGUCCACUGCAAGUUGCAGUCAAGACUCUUCCGGAAGUUUGUUCUGAGCAGGAUGAAUUGGACUUCCUCAUGGAGGCUCUAAUCAUCAGCAAGUUCAACCACCAGAACAUUGUGCGCUGUAUAGGAGUAAGUCUGCAGGCUAUGCCUCGGUUCAUCCUGCUCGAGCUGAUGGCUGGAGGGGACCUCAAGACGUUCCUGAGGGAGACCAGACCCCGGCUGGAUCAACCAUCCAGCCUGACCAUGGUGGACCUCCUCAACGUGGCCAGAGACAUCGCUAAGGGCUGCCAGUAUCUUGAGGAGAACCAGUUUAUACACAGGGACAUUGCAGCACGGAAUUGCCUUCUGACCUGCAAAGGACCGGGACGAGUGGCUAAGAUCGGAGAUUUUGGGAUGGCUCGAGACAUUUACAGGGCGAGCUAUUACAGGAAGGGUGGGCGUGCCAUGUUGCCGGUGAAAUGGAUGCCACCUGAAGCUUUCAUGGAGGGCAUCUUCACAUCUAAAACAGACACAUGGUCAUUUGGGGUCCUGCUGUGGGAGAUCUUCUCGUUGGGCUACAUGCCAUAUCCGAGCCGCAGUAACCAAGAAGUGCUGGAGUUUGUAACAAAUGGGGGAAGAAUGGACCCGCCUAAAAACUGUCCUGGACCUGUGUACCGUAUAAUGACUCAGAGUUGGCAGCACCAGCCUGAAGAUAGGCCCAACUUCUCAACCAUCCUGGAGAGAAUAGACUACUGCUUACAGGACCCCGAUGUGGUGAACGUGGCUCUGCCUAUCGAGUAUGGGCCAGUACCCGAGGAGGAGGAACAUGCCCCCAUGGGCCCCGAUGACCCCUCAGCUCCGACUGUGCUGGUGAAUCCCCAGGUGCCCGAUGGUGAGGCUCCACAGCCACCUCCCCCCUACCCCACAGAGGAGAACCGGAGAGGAGGGGAGCACGUUGUUGUGACGAGCACAGCGUCUGAGGCCAAAGCACAACCAUCGGCUCAGCCCCAGCCAUACCUCCACAUGCACCAGCACCCUCACACACAGACCACCAACACAGUCACCUCUGCUGCCCCCUCCACACUCACUGCCAAGGGACCUCAUGUCACCACCCAGCCCAGCUCAGAGGGAGGACACAUCAACCUGGCUUUCGCCCAGGGACACCCCUCAGAGAAGGACGCCCACACUGGGAAAAGCAGCAGUCUGUGGAACCCUACGUAUGGCUCGUGGUUCCUGCAGCAGCAGCAGAGGAAGCAGCAACAGCAGCAACAGCAAAGGCAAGGAGGGGUGGGCGGAGCAGGAAGCAGUAGUGGCAGGGUUCCUGGAGAGGGGCAGGAGCACGUGGGCCGGACAGUGGCUGAGGUGGCCGGGGCAUUAGGUCUCCAGCACCAGCACAAGCAAUUCCAGCAUCAGCUCCAGCAGCAGCACCAACUCCAACUGCUGCACCAUCAGCAGCAGCAGGGUCUUUGCAGACCUCUACUACCCCCUCCACCUCCUCCCGCUGCCCAGUCUCCCCUACUUUUAGAUUCAGCCGCCUUGCCCCCAGUCCCCCUCUACAGACUGAGACGUUUCCCCUGUGGCACCAUCGGAUACGGCUACCAGGAGCAAGGCCUCCCCAUAGAGUCCAGUCACAGUAACACCAACCCACCUCCUCCACCCCAGCAGGGCAGCAUGUCCUCCUCAGCAGCCCACCAGAGGGGGGGACCCAUUCCUACAUCAGUGUCCAUGGCUCAGUCAGGUAUAUCCGAGGAUAGCCGCCCACUGCUAGUUACGAUGGGGACGGUUCAGGACCCACGGCUUCCCAGGAUGGAGGGCCACAACGCCACCGUGCUUUAGCCCACAGGCCUACGCAGAAAGUCUUCUUUUUCAGGCCCCGUCUUUGGAGACUGUGUGAGUCACACAGCAAGAAACACUGUGCCGUGAGAGAGACUAUUUUUCACCACUCCCGUCCCACCAUUUUGGAAAGAACCCAUCUCUCUAAAACUGGCUUUUUACACCAGAACCUUUGAGGUGUGUUCAAACCCCAGUGGAUGCUAAAGCACAUCGGAGAACUAAAAAGGGAGGCAAAAUGUAGAGUCAAACAUAGUUUUAAGAAUAUAAAAAAAAAAAAAAGAAAAUGUAUUUUUUCAACAUUGGAGCGAUUGAGUGAGAAAACUGAGAAUCACCUGGAAGACUUUCCACACGAUUGUGACUAGGAGACAUCAAGCUAAUGUUCUGCUGAGGAGGCUUCACGACUAUCAGAAACAGACUACGAGGAGGAAUAAAUCUCUAUAUUUUGCCAGACUUUGACUCUCAACCUUUGGUGAUCAGUUUGACUGUAGCUGCCAGCCACAUGUGUCAUUCUUCUGCAGAGCCCUCAAACUGUUCCUCAUCCCUUUGGGAAAAGAAAAAAAAAAUGCAGCGUGGUAAAUAGCUUGUAUCAGACCAUUUUUCAAGAAUAUCACAGGAUUGACGCUGGAUUACCAGAGACAUUUCUACAAAGGAAAUAAAAAAAUAAAUGAUGAUAAUAAUAAUAAUACUACUGGGAAAAAUGUGGUUGUUGAUGUUUGCUUGCCUGCUUGUUUAUUUAUUCAUCUCUUUAUUUAUUAUUUGGAAGUGGCUCUAUAAAUUAUUACUGCUUCUCCAGAUCCAAACAAAUUCCUUUGGAAGCAGAUAUUUCUCAGUUUUGGUUUUUUUUUUUUCCAGUUUUUUUUUUAUUUGAAGAAACUCCUUACAAAAAGAAGUUAACUAAAUAUUCUAAAAGCUUUGUUACAGCAGCGACUCUUUUUAAGCGGAAUAGUUGGAUAAAUGAAGCACUGAGUGUUAUGUGACUGAAGACGAGCCGUCUCAGCAACAUUUGGGAGUUGAGCUUUUUUGUUGUUGCUAAAGAUGUGAAAUUACUCGUUGCCCCCCUGGUCUCAUUGAGAUCGCUGCUCUUUGAACUCUCCUUUUGUUCACAGCUCCAUUCUGUCGAACGAGCGCUUUGAGACAGAGAAGCCGCGGCUUUUCCUUACUUAUUGCUUCUUUGAGUAACCUUUUAUUAAUUAAUUCACAUCUUGGUUUUUUUUUGUUUUUUUUUUUCUUUCAAACUUUUUUGUUUCGUCUGGCUAUAGAAACAGUGGAUAUUGCUGAAUCAAUCUUAACCUUCAAUUUGCCAUCGCGAGGCACUCCACGUUCUUAAAUUUGCAUAUUUUAUCUUUUCUAUUAUAAGAUGGCUGUUGUGGAAUACAAAUGAGUCUGAGAGAAAAGUUUAAGUACAAACUGCUUUCGCUCCACAUGUGAAUGAAACCCAGAACCGCUCAUUUUCACCCGCAUAGUCUGUGUUUACCAUCUGCCUUUCAGUUCGGCGUAUCUAUCAAACGAUGCCACGAGUGUGUUGAUAUUUAGGUGAAUUAAUGACGAUAUUUUUUUACGCUUUUUGCUUACCGGUACUCGGCUGUCAGUCCAUCUGCUGUAAAGAGACGACGAGCCGUCGUGUGAGUGUCAUGAUGCUCGGUGAUAAAUGCGUUCCUGCAGGCGAGCUCGGUAUUGGCUAAUGAACACUGUUUUUGCUUUGUCUGUGUUAAACUGCAUUUUAUUGAUUCUGUGCUCCCUUCACUGCUCAUCCCCGUCGUUUGAUGUAAAAAGACAAACCCAACUGCACCUGUAAAUGUUGUAAUUAUGAAGUAUUGUACUAUGGCUCUGGUAAAAAGCUGUACAUUGCCCUUCAGAAGACAUUCGGCAAAAUUAAUAAAUUACUAUAUAACAGCCGUAUUUUCUCUCUGUUUCCAUCUUUGAAGUUGCCAGCCAACUUAAUCAAAUUAACUCAAAUAAGAUACCUCUCUAAGAAAAAAGCGUUAACUAUAGACGUCCGGCAGCUUGUUUGCUCUGCAAACAUAAUUCAGGCGUUAAAAUUGAGCAGCUCAUUCUGCAGCUGUGUGCUCAUACGUGCAGUACUCCAGUGAUUUUGUGUUAGGUUUUUGAUUAUCAUGACUCUCUGAUGAUGAUGAUGAUUAGAUUUUGCCGAGAAUUCAUCAGCGUGCCACACGUCAAACAGUGCAUGAAGCACUAUUUUAAAACCACUUUCUAACUGGCUCUGCCCAGAGGAAAAGCUUUCCUGCUCGCACUAAUCUUUUCUUUGUCUCAUCAAAACUUAAUCACUUCAGCUUUUGUUUUGUUUUUAUUAGAUAACUGAAUUUUGAUCAGUUUUCCUAUCUCAAGGUUAGAAGCAAAAGCAUAAAUGCAUUUAAGACAAAUCAUCCGGUUUGCUCUUAGAUUCAUAUUAGAAACAAACACCGGACAAAGGCAUUCUUUUUUGCUCCCAGGCUUCUCAGUUGUUUCCCUCGACAUGAAGCCUGCAGGAUUUUGAUCUCAGUAUUGUCCAAUUUUUAUAAAGUACGCUACUGUGCAGAAAUCUUGAGCCAUGUUUUGGAAGGAAAAACUGAAAUACAUGCAGCGAUUAAUUGAAAUAUGGGAAUGCGUACAUAGAUGCACAGGAUAAAAAGCAAAAAUAGAAUUUGUGCAACAAGCUUAAAGGCUGGAUUUGGUAUCACCACUCUUAUUCGUCAACAUAGCUGCUUAAGAAAGUUUAGGCUGUCAUCUUGCCAAUCGCUUACGCAGCCUUCACAGAUGGAUAUUUAGUCCACUUCUUGUGUAAAUUUGACAUACCACAGCCUCUUCUUCCCAUUUCCCUUCCUUAACAAUGGCUUUUUGACAGCCACUCUUCCACUGAGACUGUUUCUGAUAAGGCUUCAGUGAACACUAGAUGGAUCAGCUGAAGGGCCAGAUGCAUCUCUCAGGUCCUGUGUCAGGUCUUUGCUGAAAUUUCUCCAAGGACAUGACUUUCACCGUUCAGCUGCUGUACAUUUUCCGCUAAUAGAUAGUCCACUACAUACACACCAAUGCCUUUUAGCAAAAGUCUAAAUUACCUCCAGCUAGAAUCUGUAAACUGGAAGCAGAUGACUGGUCAUUUGCAGAAAAAAAUGCAUAAAACUAACGUGAAUUCCAAGAUCUUCAUACAAUUUACAAAAAAUCAAAGCAUUGAAAAACUCCACAAUGCAUGAAAUUGUACCUCAGCCUGGCUACAUGGUCCAUAUAAAAUCAGUAAAAUCUGAAAUGUUGCCACCUGAGACACUUCUCUCAAACGACGUGAGAAUUUGGAAAAGCCUGAAAGUCGAACAUGUUAACACCAAGCUUUUCCUCAAUUUCACAGCUGAAAGCGACAAGUCUUACAAAACAACUGUAUUAGAAAUAGAAGUGAUUGCAUCAAAGCUAGGUUAGGAGCCUGGUGUCAAAAUGCAAGUAAAAAUGAAACCUUUUAUGUGCGAUAGCGAGCCUUCUACCUGUCCCACGUGGUGAAAUGACCCUUGAAAGUUUCCCUGGGAAGGUGGCUCAGGUGGGAGGCACUGAUUGGCAUUUCAUGGAAUGACCCUGUGAUGUUUCAGCCUCAGUUUUUGUGACUGGUAAGGUAUUACCAAAGCUUCGAACACACACACACACUUGGAGUUGUUAAACUAUGACUGUAAAUGG